AUGUCAAGGGAUCAUCGGGGCCUGGGGCUGACUCGCCAACGAACGGUGAACGAGGCCUUCCUCGUGAAGCUCGGCUGGCGGUUUCUUAUUAACCACAACGCGCUGUGGGUUCAAGUUUGGAGAGCUAAGUAUGGUCCUACUCCUUUCGAGACCAUCACUGGCCGCACGAGCACUGGUUUGAUAGUUCUUCGGGCUAUGCGAAAAGUAUGGCCCCAUGUUCUGCGUGGGGCUCGAUGGGCCGUGUGUGAUGGAAAGACGGUAAAUUUCUGGAUGGAUUUAUGGCUUCCGUCAUCAUCUAACCUUUUCAAUGCUUCGGCUAGAGUUGUUCCCCAGGAGUUUCUAGACAAGUCGGUCCGUUUCUUCAUCUCCGAUGGGGAUUCGUGGCUUUGGCACAUGUUCUCGCAUCUGAUCCCUAACGCUAUGUUGCUGCAGAUUGCGUCGACCCCACCACCGCGAGAGGAGCUGGGUUGCGAUCGGUUGUACUGGGGCCCAUCGCCAACCGGGAAAUCCACUACUAAAUCCGCUUACUCGAUGUUGCAUGGGAGCACGGGUUUGGAGAUGGGUCGGCGGCCGUUAUGGAGGGCGGUGUGGAAAUGGCCGGGGUCCUAA